AUGGGGAUUUCGGACAAGCCUCCUGCUAUCAAAUCGCCCUUGGUCUGCUCUCAACGCCUCACCCUGACCCUGAUGGCGUUCCUGGGGACCUUGUUUGUGUACGUGGUGCGGGUCAACCUGUCGGUCGCCAUCAUCUGUAUGGUACGUAGUGACGUCACAGUGGUCAACGGCUCUCUCAGCAACGUGACAAACGUGACGUCACACACAGACGACAGUUGUGGCGGGUCUGACCAGGCGCUGACGGCCGACCGUUUACGUGAAGACACGGGCGAGUUCUCUUGGGAUAAAGGGACCCAGUCCAAGCUUCUCGUUAUGUACUUUUACGGCUACAUCUUCACGCAGGUUCCAGGUCCUCUCUUGGGCAACAUCUUCACGUUUUCUAUAUCCGGAGUGCUGUGUACCCAUGGCUUCGACAAUGGCUGGGGCUCCAUCUUUUAUCUCUCAGGUUUGUUUUACCUGCUGUGGGUCAUGGCCUGGUUCCCAGUGACCUCAGACACUCCCGCCAAACACAAGAGAAUCAGCGCUCGAGAACAGAAUUAUAUUGAAACCAGUAUUGGAAAGAGCUCUGUGGCGAAGGUGUUGAAAGUUCCCUGGCUGAGCAUGUUCCGGUCUGGUCCACUGUGGGCCAUCAUCAUCGCCCACUUCUGCAACAACUACAUCAACUACACCCUGCUCACCUCUCUGCCCACCUUCAUGAAGGAGAGCCUCAAGUUUGACAUCAGUCAGAACGGCUUUCUGUCCUCCGCCCCGUACCUGACCCAGUUUGUGACGUCACUGGCUGGCGGUGUGGUGGCGGACAAGUUGAGACAGAGAGGCGUCAUGUCCACCAGAGUCGUGAGGAGAUCUUUCCAGGCUAUCUCAUUCUGGGGCUCCGCUGUUUGCAUCGUGCUGGCUGGCCAGAUGACGUGUGAUCAGAGGUACUGGGCGGUGGUGUUGCUCUGUCUGUGUGUGGGAUUCAUGGGUCUGAACCGCUCCGGCUACACCGUGAACCAUCUGGAUCUUGCACCGGCCUACGCCGGUAUUCUGUUCGGCAUCACCAACACUGCGGCCACAAUACCUGGGAUGAUCGCGCCACUCGUGGCAGGAGCUAUGACGCCCAAUAGGAGCGCCGAGGAGUGGCGGUCUGUGUUCUACGUGUGUGGGGCGGUGGCGGCAGUUGGCGGGAUUAUCUACGUCAUCCUAGCAGACGGGGAGCUGCAGGAGUGGGCGGUACCGCCAGACGUCAGUGGGAACACGGGGAUGACGUAUCCAGCAGACGGCAAGGAGGAAGAAGGGAGCCACAGCAAAGAUGGCGAGGAGUCUGAAGACUGCGAUAUUGCCCAUCCUAUCAGCGUGACAGAACGGAACCAAUUACAGACAAAGGCCUGA